GGCGAUACGUCUACCGGUGUGCACUUCCUGAGGUCGAGCCCGUGAUUGUUGUGUAGCUCAAUCGACCGUCGCUCUUUAUAACCACGCAAACAAAAGACCUCAGUGUUUGACUUUUCACUAAUAGAGAAGCUGUUCUUCAGGAGUAACAUGGACUACACGAGUGCUCUGGAGGUGUAUAAGGAGAUGCUCCUCCUGUACUGUGAGGAGUUUAAGUACUACAUUAACUCAGUGUGUGCUGGAUUGGAGCCAUGGCAGCUCAUCGCAUCAACAUUGGUGUCUACUCUUGCGGCAGUAUGGCUCAAAGGCUUCCUGUUUCAGAAGGAGAGUCUGAUGUCUAGAACCAAGAAGCAGUGCUUUCGACUCCUCAGAAAAAUCCCGUUCAUAAGCACAUCAAUUCAGAACCAGCUGAACAAGGCUCUAGAUGACAUGUCAAUGAUCCUGUGCACACUGAAGGAAGGAAUGAGCUACACAAAGUGCCUGCCAACACAGGGCCUGACACAGGAACAAGUCCUAGACAACAUCAGAGAGUACCAGUCACUGAAUGAAGUGCAGUGGUCCAAAGGCAAGGUUUCAGGGGCAGUCUACUGGGGAGAUGAAAAGCUCACAGAUCUUCUGGUGAAGGUAUAUGGUGAGUUUGCUUGGAGUAAUCCCCUCCACCCAGACAUCUUCCCUGGUGUGAGAAAGAUGGAGGCAGAGGUGGUGCGGAUGACGUGUUCUCUCUUCAAUGGUGGUCCUGAGUCAUGUGGCACAGUCACUUCUGGUGGAACCGAGAGCAUUUUAAUGGCCUGUAAAGCAUACCGAGACCUGGCUUAUGAAAGAGGAAUCGAAUAUCCAGAGAUAAUCGCACCAGUAAGUGUCCAUGCAGCAUUCGACAAGGCAGCACACUACUUUGGAAUGAAAUUGAUUCAUGUACCUUUGGAUAAGAAAACGAUGAAAGUCGACGUGAAGGCCAUGAAGAGAGCCAUCUCUAAGAACACAGCCAUGUUGGUGUGCUCUGCUCCUCAGUUUCCUCAUGGGAUCAUUGACCCCAUUGUGGAAGUAGGGAAGUUGGCAGAAAAGUACAACAUUCCCUUCCACGUGGAUGCCUGCUUGGGUGGGUUCCUUAUAGUGUUCAUGGAAAAGGCCGGAUUCAAGCUGGAGCCGUUUGACUUCCGAGUUAAAAGCGUCACAAGCAUUUCAGCAGACACACACAAGUAUGGCUAUGCACCUAAAGGCUCGUCAGUGGUGAUCUACAGAGAAAAGAAAUAUCGCCACUACCAAUAUUUUGUAGCACCUGAUUGGCAGGGAGGAAUUUACGCAUCUCCCUCCGUAGCUGGUUCUCGACCUGGUGGGAUCAUUGCUGCCUGCUGGGCCACUAUGAUGCAUAUGGGAGAAAAUGGCUACGUGGAGGCCACCAGGAAGGUUGUUCAGACAGCGCGCAUCAUUGCAGCAGGCGUCUGUAACGUGGAGGGACUGUUUGUGUUUGGAAACCCAGAAGUCUCAGUGGUGGCUUUAGGCUCCAACGUAUUCGAUAUAUUCCGUUUAUCCAAUGCACUCACAUCAAAGGGAUGGAAUCUAAAUACUCUCCAGUUCCCAUCCAGCAUCCAUAUUUGUGUAACUAUGCUGCAUACACAGCCUGGUGUUGCAGAGCAGUUUGUCAAAGAUGUAAAGGAGGAAGUAGCAAAAAUUAUGAAAAAUCCAAAGGAGAAGACCACUGGAAUGGGGGCAGUUUAUGGAAUGGCCCAGUCCAUCCCUGAUCGGUCAAUGGUGACGGAGGUAUCAUGCGGCUUCCUGGAUUGCCUCUACAGCACUGAGGUUAAAAAGGUCCAAAGUAACAACCAUACCAAGAAGAAGAACCACAUGAAUGGGAACUCUCAAACCCACUGAGUCUAGCAUGACUGCCCAUGGGCUGCUCAUCACAUUUACGUACUGAUGGUUUUGUUCAUUUCAAUCACUUAUUUACUUAUUUCUAAUUAACAACACAAGCCAUUUAACCCCAUUCACUAUGGGCAUUUUCUUCAAGAUGAUUUACUGUCGAUAAAUCUGUCCGUCCGUAAAAUCUGUGGUAUCAACGUCAGUGCAGAAGGUUCAGGGACUGUUAUUUUUUUUUAAACAAGUGUCAUUAUAUGUUCAGGUUCUGUUGUAUGGGUCUGUUGACACUUCUCAUGUAUUUUACAUUCCUCCAGGUAAAUGCUCUAGCUGAGCGCUCAGGCUUCACUGAUUGAGCCAUUUGUAGAGAUUUAAGUACACGAUUUAGUAAAAACUCUCAAACCUUUUAUUGCUAACUGCAAAAUGAAUGUCCCUUAAAAUAUUUCAGUUCACUUUUCAGAGUAACAGUACAGUUGUCACAGACAUUGGCCUCAUGAAAACAAAACUGAAACAUGUUAAAAAGCUUUUAAUUUCCAGUCCAUCCUUUGUGCUGGUGCUGAUCAUAAUCAGAUAACUGUACAGCUUUAUUCCAUCAUGAAAAUGGAUCAAGCAACGUUUUACGUUUUUCUUUUAAUAAAUAUUUCCAAAAUCAUCUAAUGAAACUUGAAGUACUACUCAGGUGUACUUGAAUAACAAAAAAACUUUCCAGUUUUUGUAAUGUUAAAUUUCUCAUUUUAAUAGGCUGUUAAAAAAAUUUGUUCAUUAUAAUUGAAGCAAGUUAUAAGAUGGUUUUUUGUUAGUGUCCUCCUUAUGAUUUACUGAUCCUGCCCCCACAUUAUGUCUACCUCAGAAUUUGUUCCAACUUUACAUUUUAACAUUUUAACUUCUUUAUAAUCACAAGUAUUGGAAUAAAUGUUCUCAUUCCACAUAUUAAUUAUUCAGUUUACUGGCCACUUAAUACAGUGAGGAAUUGUUUGAACUCCUUGGGAGAUGGUUAGGAGGGGAUCAUUUCUUUUUUUUUUUUUUUCCAGAAAUUAAUAUUGGUAGAAAUUUGAUAUUUCUUAUCCGAGAAGGAUACAUGUGUAAGAAAUAAUUGUUGUUGAAGUUUCUAAAGUAUAUAAAGGGAAAAGUGCUCUUGGAUCAGUAGUGAGAUGAUGAUGAUACGGUACCACUGAAUCCUGACUGCAGACCUCACUGGCUGUUUUAAUUCUGUAUGUAUUUGUAAUGUUUGUGACCACUAUGUGUGUUUUUCCAUUAUACAUUACUAAUGUAGGGUCUCAUAUUUCAAUAAUGUAAUUAUUUUUGAGUGUUAAUAAAUGUUAACACAGGGCUACAAUGGUUCGUAACAUCAUAACAUUUAGCUAGGUUUAACUGUUGAUGUGCAAAGUUACACUACUUGUAAUAGCAAGAAUAUUUUUAAAACUUAUUUUCAUAUUCAGUAUUUAUAAUUAAAGCAGCUGUCGCUUUGCCACCACAGAAAUAUUUUAAAGGCACCAAGCAAGCAAUAUAACUACCUAAAAUUGAGGCACCUUCAAGUUUGAAAUCUGGAGUAUCCGCUGACUUUCAUGGUUAUGAUUAUCUAUAGCUGAUGACCCACGCUGUUCACGUGUAUGUCUUUUGGCAGGCUCUAGUGCUAGCGAAUGUUUAGAGCAGCCUCAGGGAGAGGGCCUUUUUCGAACCAGACCAUAUCCACUUACCAUAAUAGCCUGUUUUUGAAAACAAUAAAGUUGUAUUUUGAAAAUC